GAGAAGAAAAGAGGGAGGGCAGGGUCAGUUUCCGUCAGAAAGAGGGGGGCAGAGGGGAAUCCACGGAACGGACUUGAAGGGGAAUUUCUGAGCAGAGAAAGUGAAAGUUCCGGGCCAUAAAUGGGUGGCAGUGGCAGCGUCCUCCACUUCGUCCACUCUCACAUCCCCAGACCCCUUCACACCCCGCACUUCCCAGCACUCUCACCCACUCCCAGCCAGGCCCCGGCUUCACACAGACUCUGCCCAGAUUCACUCACGCUCACAGCUUGCUGGCAGUCAGUCUCCGCUCAUCCUCCAUGGCACCCCAUGCAGCUGCACUACUAGCCCUCAGCCUGCUGAUUCUCUGGACCUCCCCUGCUCUGGGAGAUGCCAACGACGCUGAAGACUGCUGCCUGUCUGUGGCCCAGCGCCCCAUCCCUGGAUUCCUGGUGCGAGCCUAUCGUUACCUGCUCAUCAACAAUGGCUGCAGGGUGUCUGCCGUCGUGUUCACCACGCUGAGAGGUCACCAGCUCUGUGCACCCCCAGACCAGCCCUGGGUGGGCCGCAUCAUCCGGAGACUGCAGAAGAGCUCAGCCAAGGCAAGCCUGACCCUCCCCAGCCCCGCCUCCUCCCUCCAAGCCCCUGCCCAAGACCCCAGCCCAUGA